GCUGCCGGUUGCCAGCUUAUUUAGAAUUUUCCGUUUAAAGUCAAAGUUAAAAGUAUUAAAAAAAAGUUAAAAAAAAAACUCCUAGAAACUAGUGUAAAUUAAACAGCAUAUGAAAAUGGAUACGGUAACAGAAGCCGAGAACCUGCUGCGUCUCAUCAAACGGAUGCUGCUCGAACGCGACUACGACGGCGUCAAAAUGCUCUUCCAGAGUCCCACAGUCUUUGCGGAAAUCGAACCGCACAUGGCCGCCAUUGCCAUGGAGCUAUACAAUGAGAUCUGCGCUCCGACGUUGACGGACGACACGAAUGUGGAUGAUGCGCCGCUCUUCGAUUGCGUCAACGAGCUGCUGAAGAUUGUGGCCAGCUAUGCGCCACUGCAUCCGUUCAUGCUGGAGCUGAUGGAGAAGAUCGAGGAGAGCAGCAGCAUUGCCAUAUUCUCGGCCUAUCUGCGCGCCCUGCAGGUGGUGCUGCUGCGCCAGGGCAGCGCCAAGCCGCAGGCCAUCGAAUGGUGUCUGUCGUCGGUGGUGACGCGUGUCCGUGAGCUGCCGCUGCCGGACUAUCUGAGCGAGGGCUACGACGAGCAGCAGGCCCAUUUGCUCGAACAGGAGCAGCAAAUUGAGCAGCUGAUGGCCCACUACAUCACCAUCGAUCUGUGCUACGAGCCGCUGCUGAAGGCGGUGCUCCAGCAGGAUGCGCGUGCUCCGAUCUUUCGCGAUUGCGGCCUGAAUCGCCGCAAUGUGCUCACCUGCUUUCUGCUGCAGCUGCUGGGCAAGCCGUUGGCCCUGCUGGAGGUGAGCAAUGUGCCCAAACGACUGCUGCAGCCGGGCCAGGCGCACACCUGCACGCCCAGUCCAUGGCGCCUGCGGCCGGAGCUGACGCAACAGAACUAUCUGCUGGCCCGGGCCAAUGCGGGCAAGACACAGACCUAUGUGCAGCAGGUGCAGCACACGCUGACCUCGGACAUCACACGGCUGCUGGGCGAUCCCUACUAUUUGCUGGGCCUGGUCGAGCAGCGCGCACGCUGGAAACGUCGCCUAGACGCCGCCAACGGCGUCUACGAGAUGAGCAGCCACAAUAUGUUCCUCAUCGAUGACAAACUGCCGCUGCCCGCCCUCGCCAUGUACUACCAUGCGCUGCUCGUGGGCCAAUUGCUGCCGGCGACGGCGCCCAAGAUCUAUGCGCCGCUCUUUCUGUUCGAGUCGAGCCUGUAUUUGGUGGCCGUGCUGCUGGAGCAGCCCGAGCCGCCGCUGCAGCACUGCGGACUGCGCCUCAACGAUUACAUGCUCAGCAUUUUGACGGAGCCCGUGCCGCAGCGCUCGCUCGAUCUGGAGGUGCACAAGCGCUACUGCGAGGCGCUGUGCAAGAUCACCGGCUACUCGCCGCAGGAGCCGCUGCGUCAGCUGGGUCUGCAGGUGUUGCACCACUAUAUACUCGCCUUCGAGGAUGCGGCCAAGUACUUUAUAUUGAAGAAUCUGCUAGAAACGCUGCAGCAUGACGGCAUCUUGGGCUAUUUGGCGGGCAUGUACAAGGAUCUGGUUGCCGCCGCCUUGGAGAAAGAGGCGCCGCUCAGGGAUGUCUAUAGCGGCAUCAAGUUUCGCUCCAUGCUGCUCAGGUGCGUCUGUGUGCUGCCGCAGGAUGUCAAAUCGGAUCUGCUGCUGCACUCGGUCAGUCUGUCCAAUGCGCUGAAUAUUCUACGCUACUUUGCCAUGGCCGACCUCGAGAAUCGGACGGGCUUCUGGCAUGCACUGCCCGAGAUUGAGGAGCGUCUGCUGCAGCCUCUGGGCAAGGCGCUCAACUUCUCGCUGGCCCACUACAAGGCGUACAGGGAGCGUGUGCGCAACGGCCAGAGUGCCUCCGACGAUGAGCUUAUGCAGAAGCAGCUCAACAUGCUCGCCGUCAACAUCAGCAACAGCGGCAUGGGCGGCGAGGGCGAGGGCGACGGCAGCUUGCCGGACAUUGGACGCGAGGAGAAGCUCGAGGUGCUGGCCGGCUCCAUAACGGGCCUGGAGUCGCUGCGCGUGCUCUAUCUGCUGGCCAGCGACAAUCUCGAGCAGAGCAUCGCAAGGCGCAAACAGGCUACGGCAACGCCCACGCCCACGCCCACAGCCAUGGAACUGGAACUGGAGCAGCGCUAGGCAGAAAACCCCGAAUCCAACCACCCAGCAUAUAUUUUUAUGUUUAUAUCUGAAAGCGUAAUGAAAACGAAAUUUAUCUGACCAA